UCUCUGCAAGCGCAGCAUUCUUCGGGCGCAGAGCACAUUGUGCUGAUUGAUAAAACGCACCCAAUGCCACCACAAGUUGCGGAAGUGCUCCGUCGCUUAACGCUGAACGAGACGCAUCCGGACGUUCGGUAUGUUUACAAUAACAGCGCGUUCACUGGCUUUUCCGCUUCGAUGGGAUCGCACUGUCUUGACCUUCUUGCAAACAUGUCCGACAUUUCAACGGUUGAGAAGACUACUGUUGUUGCAAGGGCCGCUGUAGCAGGAAGGCAGACUUCGCUGGCAUACAAUACGCGACCCAACGCACCAUGGGGACUGCAGCGCAUCUCGACCGCUACCACGGUCGCCGGCAACGCACAAGCUUUGGGCUACACUUAUUCUUUCGCCAACACAGCUCUCGGUCAAGGAGCCGACAUCUACAUCAUCGACACUGGGAUUUACACCAGCCACAACAUCUUUAACGGCCGAGCGAAGAUGGCCUGGUCGUAUAAUGAGGAUAUGACCGACUCUGACGGACAUGGCACGCACGUCUCGGGAACCGCCGGCGGUGACAUACUCGGGGUAGCGUCCAAUGCGAACAUUUUCGGCGUGAAGGCGCUUGACUCGGACGGUGGUGGACUCAGCUCGAAUGUCAUUGCCGGGAUAGACUUUGUCGUGCAACAGCAUGAUGCACGCAGAACCAAUGCAAACAGCGGCUCUCUUGGCUCUGUGAUGUCGAUGUCACUCGCUGCUGGAUCGUCAGUGCAGGCGCUCGAUCAAGCCAUCAAGGCCGCAGUUGAGGCAGGUGUGCACGUAGUCGUCGCCGCCGGAAACAACAACCAAGAUGCCUGUCAGUCGUCGCCGUCCUCAUCUGGUGGCGUGCAAGGGCCGGCAAUUACCAUUGGCUCCGUCGGCAUCACAGGCCAACGUUCAGCCUUUUCGAACUAUGGAAAAUGCGUCGACGUAUAUGCACCGGGAGAGGAUGUUAUAUCGUCCUGGUUGGGCGGGCCGAACAUGAUCAAGUCUUUGUCAGGCACAUCCAUGGCAACUCCGCACGUCACAGGCAUUGUAGCCUACGCUAUGGCUAAUGCCACUCUCGCCAAGAAUCCAUCGCUCAUGAAGGAAUGGGUUCAGAUGACAGCGCUGCAA